AGCGCGUGUUUUUUUUUUUUGUGCAGAACGUUUUUGCUAUUUAUUGUGUAUUUUAAAAACACGCAAAGAUGUCGAAACGACGUAUUGAAGUGGGCGAGACAUACUCCAACAAGAUGAAGAAGGAGUCGGAAGCUUCAACUUCUUCAGCAGCGGCGUCAUCCACCGGCACUGUUGCCCAAGUCACGGGUGGAUUUGUGCCCAGUAAACAACCACCUAUUACAAAUCCGUUCACAUUGAAGCCUUACUCCGCACGCUACCAAAACUUGUACAAGAAGCGAAUCACAUUGCCAGUAUUCGAGUAUCAGGCGGACUUCAUGCGCUUGCUUAGUCAGCAUCAGUGUAUUGUGUUGGUGGGUGAGACGGGCUCUGGUAAAACGACACAAAUACCGCAAUGGUGUGUGGAUUUCGCUGUGUCCAAAGGCCGCAAAGGCGUCGCCUGUACACAGCCGCGUCGUGUGGCCGCCAUGUCGGUGGCCCAGCGUGUCUCUGAGGAAAUGGACGUUAAUCUUGGCGAUGAGGUCGGCUACUCCAUUCGAUUCGAGGAUUGCUCUUCGGCCAAGACACUGCUCAAGUAUAUGACGGACGGUAUGCUGCUGCGCGAAGCCAUGUCGGAUCCGAUGCUGGAUCAAUACCAAGUCAUAUUGCUUGACGAGGCGCACGAGCGCACCCUGGCCACUGAUAUUCUGAUGGGUGUGCUAAAAGAGGUUAUUCGACAGCGCAAUGAUCUCAAAUUGGUGGUCAUGUCGGCCACACUCGAUGCAGGCAAAUUCCAGCAAUACUUUGAUAAUGCGCCGCUGAUGAACGUGCCCGGUCGCACGCAUCCCGUCGAGAUUUUCUACACACCGGAGCCCGAGAGAGACUAUUUGGAGGCAGCUAUUCGCACAGUUAUACAAAUACAUAUAUGCGAGGAAAUUGAAGGCGAUAUACUUAUGUUUCUCACGGGACAGGAAGAGAUCGAAGAGGCUUGCAAGCGUAUCAAGCGUGAGAUUGACAAUUUGGGCUCUGAAAUUGGCGAACUGAAGUGCAUUCCCCUUUACUCGACUCUGCCGCCCAAUCAACAACAGCGCAUCUUCGAGCCGCCGCCGCCACCAAAUGCCUCAGGUGCUAUUGGCCGCAAGGUGGUCGUAUCCACAAACAUUGCCGAAACCUCGCUGACCAUUGAUGGCGUGGUUUUUGUGAUCGAUCCGGGCUUUGCCAAGCAAAAGGUAUACAAUCCGCGCAUACGUGUCGAGAGCUUGCUCGUCUCCCCCAUAUCGAAGGCCUCGGCACAGCAGCGUGCCGGUCGUGCUGGUCGUACACGGCCAGGCAAGUGCUUUAGACUCUAUACGGAGAAGGCAUUCAAGAACGAAAUGCAAGACAACACUUAUCCGGAGAUUUUGCGCUCAAAUUUGGGCACUGUGGUGCUGCAGCUUAAGAAAUUGGGCAUUGAUGACCUGGUGCACUUUGAUUUCAUGGACCCGCCGGCGCCCGAGACUCUGAUGCGCGCCUUGGAGCUGCUCAACUAUUUGGCCGCCCUCGACGACGACGGCAAUUUGACGGAUCUCGGUGCCGUUAUGUCCGAGUUUCCGCUCGAUCCGCAAUUGGCUAAGAUGCUGAUAGCCAGCUGCCAGCACAAUUGCUCCAAUGAGAUACUUUCAAUUACGGCCAUGCUGUCGGUGCCACAAUGUUUCGUGCGACCCAAUGAGGCAAAGAAGGUGGCUGACGAGGCCAAGAUGCGUUUCGCUCACAUCGACGGAGAUCAUCUAACGCUGCUGAAUGUCUAUCACGCCUUCAAGCAGAGCAGUGAGGACCCGAACUGGUGCUAUGAGAACUUCAUCAACUAUCGCUCGCUCAAGAGCGCUGACAAUGUGCGCCAGCAGUUGGCACGGAUCAUGGAUCGCUUCAAUUUGAAGCGCACCAGCACAGAGUUCGCCUCGAAGGACUACUAUGUCAAUAUACGCAAGGCUCUAGUCCAGGGCUUCUUUAUGCAGGUCGCGCAUCUGGAGCGAACGGGACACUAUCUGACCAUCAAGGACAACCAGAACGUGCAGCUGCAUCCGUCAACUUGCCUGGACCACAAACCCGACUGGGUCAUCUACAACGAAUUUGUGCUGACCACCAAAAACUACAUACGCACUGUGACAGAUGUGAAGCCGGAAUGGCUGCUCAGUCUGGCGCCACAGUACUACGAUCUGGAAAACUUUCCACAAUGCGAGGCCAAGCGGCAGUUGGAGCUGCUUCAGCAGCGCAUGGAGACGAAGCAGUACCAGAAGGGCUUCUGAGCUGCAGACGGUCGAGUUUUUAAUCAACUAAAAUAGUUUGAAACAAUAUUAUGAAAUCUAAUUAUAAUGUGCGUUUAAGUGUAGCCAUGGAACUAAGUUUGCUUAAAUGUUCAAUUGAAAAUCGGUUUGGAAUAAUCACAACAACAAAAAUA